CUUCAAAAUGAUAUACUUCAAAUUCAGUUGGCUGCUGGUCGUCGUUCUACUCUUCAUUUCCUCGCAAAAUGCUCACGCAGCUCGAAAACGAAAGGGAAAGCCGAAAUUUACAUUUCCCAAAUUAGAAAUAAAUAUCCAUCAUAACAAUAUUCAAAUUGGCUGAAAACGAAUUCAUAUAAUAACAUUAUAGAGUAGUUGUUGUUGAAAAUUACAUUAUUGUAGUUAUAUGUUUUGCCAUUAUAUGGUUGCUUUAAAAGAUUACUUAUUAAACGUACCUAAAAUAUAUUUACAUUU